AUGGCUCAGAAAGUUGCUUACUUCCUUGCUUUUAUCGUUUUGUUCGCUUUUAUCAGCGACGUCGCCGAAGCCGGUCUUCUAGACUCGAUCAAAAACGCCGCUUCCAAGGUAGGUUAGGGGCUGCCAGGUGUUUAAAAAAUUUUAUAGACAAGUGUAAUAUAAAUAGAAAUAAAUAUAUUUUUAAAAAAUUUUACUCCUAAAGACAGAGAGUUGGGUACUUUUGAGAAUUUUAAAAUAAUCUUUUUUGACUUCAGGUCAAAAACAAGGUAGAACAAGCAAAAGAAAAAGUAGAAGAAAAGUUACAACCGAUUAAAAACAAAGUUGAAGCUGUAAAAGAUAAGAUUAAAGAAAAAGUAGAAGAAGUGAAGGAUAAGGUUAAGGAAAAGGCGGAAGAGGUAACUAAAUCAAGGUUAGCCACUUUUCAGUUUUGGAUUGCGUUAUAUUUUGCUUAUAAAAACAAUAUUUUAUUUAGUUUUGGUACUGCUGACAAUUGUGGUGAAUCCUCAGUAGCAUAGCUUAUAGAAAAUGCUUAGUUAGCCAUAAAACUAAUAGGUCUUAUUAUGUUGCUUUUUAAAUUUAGGUAUUUGCUUGCUGCAUUAAAAAAUCGUUCUAAAUAAGUUAGUUUUGAUAAAUUGCUUGCUGUUUUAUUCUAGUUUUUGCGAAAUAAACUUAAUUUAGGUGAAAGACAAGUUCGAACAGACCAAAGACAAGGUAGAGGACAAACUAAAGGGUGCCGGAGAAGCCAUCAAAGACAAGUUCGAAGAAGUUAAGGACAAACUCGAAGGCAAACCAGAAGAAUGUAAGUCUAUACUUAAAAAGCUAAAAAAGUUAACUGUUUAAAAAAUUUGAUAUGUUACAUCAGCGAGUUACGUAACAAUAAAGUGGCAAUAUAGGAGAAUAAACAUCUGAUUUAGGUAUCGGAGCCAAAGACACCGCCGGCGACUGCGAGGCCAAACAACAAUUGUGUAACCAAGGCGUGUACAAACCUUUGAUGAGCAGAAUCUGCAUGGAGACCUGCUGCGACUUGUUGUAA